GAACCUUGACGAUUUCAAGAGCCCAAAGCCCUGACUUGCGAGCUACGCAACGGAUCCUAACCUUCCUUUCAAGUUUCCAACUAGUAUAUAAAUCCAUGUAUCCGAGUCCUGAUUAGCUUCGAAUUCCUCCAGCUAAACUUGCCAAGACUUGUUAGAAGGGCCUCGACAAUGUCCAACGUCCCUACGGCUAUCUGCGAGCUCUCUCUCACCCUCUUCCGCCUUGCUAUCUUCAGCUCCGAUCCUUGGCCUUUCUCUCUCUAAGCCUCAAGCUUUUUCUCUCCCAACUUCGCGGAAAUAAUUUCUUCUUGGCCUUCUUUCUUUCCUUCUUGGUUCUUUUUAUUCUUUUCUUUUCUUCUUGGCUUUUUCUUUGUUUUCCCCUCCAAGGAUGAGAGGUGAAGAGAAGUAUCAUCAUCAUCGUUUGCUAAGGUUUCACCACCACGCGCCGCACCUGGGCCACAAGCAUGGACAUGAGAAGGGAAAGAGUCCGGCGACGGCGAUGCCGCCGAAAGGGUGGGUGGGGAUAAGGGUGGGGCAAGAAGGGGAGGAGCGGCAGCGGUUCGAGGUGCCGGUGGAGUAUCUGAAGCACCCGCUCUUCGUGGGGUUGCUGCACCAGGCGGAGGAGGAGUUCGGAUUUGAGCAGAGUGGAGUCAUCACCAUUCCCUGCGGCGUUGAUCACUUCCAUCACGUCCAGGACAUCAUCGACCGUGACGCCGCCGCCGCCGCCGCCGCCGCUCACCACCACGGCCACCUCCCUCACCUUGCGGGCUGUUUUAGGGCUUGAAGAUUUUUUUGUUUUUUUCUUCUUUUUUUUUUUUUCCAAAAAAGACAGUUCUUGGAAGUUGGGAAGUGAAAGAAGAUUGACGAUGCUGUUAAACUUGUAAAAAAAAUCUUUACAUUCUUCUUUACUAUUGUUUUUAAUAUUAGUGUUUUUUCCAAGACAUCAUGAUCUGUUACCGCUUGAGAGCAAAACUUGUCCUGUACGUCUUGUUGGUUUGUCAAGUAAUUCAACACUUCGGUAUGUUAAAAUAA